CGGUUUAAUCGCGACACUUGUGUUCACUCGAAACCCAAGAACCAGCGAAUGCCUUGCUCGACUUGUCGAACGCCUGUAGCUGACGUUACAUCUAUCGUAACGAGGACAAUAAAAUUGGCGAGUGGUAUUAGAUCGGCUCUGAAGAAUCAGCAAACGCGUCGCUUCACCGAAAUACUUGAUCGAAUGAUCGAUUGGUGCUUCGUUUCGUCUGUCCGUAGCACAGUGAGAUUCCAUUGAAGCGACACUCGGUAUCCCAACUCCGGUCUGCAUGCCCCGACCAAAGGAGAUAUCGAGAACGAGCGCGGUUCCCGAUAGUCGGCAGACACGAGGCGAACUGCUCGUGAAACGGUUGGAGUUUGAUAAACCGCGGAGAAAAUCUUUCCUGUAUCGCAGGCCUGAAGUACUGGAAGUCAAAACAGAAUUAUCAAACGUCGAACUGACGCAAGAGGGGGCGGUCGAGGCCCUGCCGCAAGCUCUGCAGAACCCGAAGCGGAAGCUGGUGCCGAUCGGACCGCGAGGAGGGCUCACGGAACACGGACAAAGGACAGUCCUCUUCCAAGACGAGAUAAUCACGGCCAAGUCGACGACGCCGAGCCCGGACCUUCGAAGAGAGCUGUUUCGACGCUGCUGCAGGAAGAAGUCGAGCAAGCGACAACCGGCUCGACGAAACGAAGGGAGAGCAGCGUCGAAAAACGAGGCGUCAGCGUACAAAUGCAUCCGAUUUCUAGCUCCGAGCACCUGGCCGCCGAUGGGAUGGAUGCAUCGUCAUCCUCAUCGGUGGAGACACAGAGACGAUCCAGACAACUCUUGGUCGGCUGGGACACCUUUCGUUCCAGAACAAUGCUUCUCCUGAUAGUGUUACUCGUCGUCUGGGCUAUCGUAUACUUCCCGCUGAUUCUGACGUGAUUUCACAACUGCAAAGUCAAAACGGAAGAUACUUUUUAUGCGAGCAUCCCCACGCCAUGAUUACAACUGCUCAGCGUCAAUUGAUACGGACGGAAGAGAGUC